GGUUCGUUCUACUUUCAUUUUCUAAACGACCAGUUUAAUGUUAAGAUGGCAGCACCCAGUGUGAAGGGGUUUCCAGAUUUCCAACGAUUGAAAAUCCUCGCCAAAGAUGAGUUUACAAGCUUGCUCGAUCAAAUGCCUGGAAGAAAAGACUUGGUUAUUGAUGGUGAAUUAAUGAAACCACUCGAUAGAAUUGCUAGUGUGUCAUUACUGAAGCAAAGGGGGGUUGACAAAAUCUUCAAGUUUGACAGUUCUUUGAAAUCAAUGCAUGGAUGUGAACAGAGAAUUUACUUGGUGCGUCCAAGAAUGACCACAAUGAAGGCCAUUGCUGACCACAUUAACUCAGAUAGAAAUAUCAACUUUAAACGCAAAUAUUCCAUUAUAUUUGUCCCGAGAAAGUUACACACUUGUCUCUCUGUUCUGGAGUAUGAAGGAGUGAUGGGCUAUGUUACAGUUAGUGAAUUCCAACUGGAUUUUGUGCCGUUGGACAAAGAUGUCCUCUCUCUAGAGCUGCCGGAGUUCCUGAAAUCUUUAUAUCUUGAAAAUGACCAAACAUGGAUACACACAGUAGCAAAGUCCCUAGUCAGAUUACAAGCACUGAGUGGUGAAAUCGGUCACGUCUACUGUAUAGGGAGAGGAGCCAAAAUGGUGAAUGAUCUGAUGAACUUUUUAAUGAAAAGGAACUCCUCAGAGCAGGACUUCAGUAGACAUGAGAUAGGCAGCCUCAUUUUGAUCGAUAGAGAUGUGGAUUAUGUCACACCACUAUGUUCCCAGCUGACCUACGAGGGACUUCUUGAUGAAACGUUUGGGAUCAAAUGUGGAACCAUUGAAUUUGGACCUGAAGUUACAGGAAAACAACAGAGUGCUAAACUACUACUCAAUUCGGAUGAUGCUAUUUUUGAAGAUGUCAGGAACCGCCAUUUUUCCAACGUAUUGGGGUACCUGAGUUCAAAAGCUAAAUCACUACAACAAGACUUCGAUAAAAGGCACGGUUUGAAGUCUGUGGGUGACAUGAAAGACUUCGUAGCCAAUGAACUUCGCAGGCUUAAGGAACAAAAAUCUGUUUUAGCGAACCACAUAGGAGCAUGUGAGCAAAUUUUGGGAAAGAAAACAAAAGGAGGAUUUGAGGACUAUCUGCAGACAGAGCAUAGUCUGUUGGAGGGGUCGGGUCUAAGAGAAAAUGUAAACUUCAUAGAAGAACUUCUAUUUAAGCAGGACAACAUGUUAAAGACAUUAAAAUUGAUAUGUCUUCUGUCUUUAACCCAAAAUGGGAUUUCACCACAAACGUACAAGUCUCUCAAGACCCAAUAUCUACAGAGUCAUGGCUUCGAGCAACUGGUCACAUUUUCCAAUCUGAAGUCCCUGGGGAUCGUCACAGAACAGGAGACAGGCAGUCAGGCGGGCACACCACUAAAUAAGGUCGCUUCCGGUAUGGCCGCCAUGACACGCCGCAGCACAUUCCAGAGUCUGUGUAAAAAACUCUCUUUGAUACCCAAGUCAGAUGACAUUGAUCUGAAGAACCCCACCGACAUGUCCUAUGUGUUCAGUGGUGCCUAUACUCCAUUGUCCUGUAAGCUAGUGGAACAGGUUCUAACUAGAGGGGGAUUUAAUGGAAUGGAGGAGAUCACAAAAUACCUCCCAGGAGGGGUGCACAGUGAGAACCAUGUCAAAGCAUCGAAAGACCACAGUACACCACUCAAAGACAAAUCAGGUAAAUCGGCUCGACAAGACCGACCCGUCAGUAAAGUAGUGCUCGUCUAUUUCCUGGGAGGGUGCACAUACUCGGAAAUUACCGCUCUACGAUUCCUGGGCAAACUCAAAGGUUACAUAUUUGUAAUAGCAACCACUGCAAUCAUCAACAGUUCCACCAUGUUGGAAUCGGUGAUGGAGAAACCUCCUAUCUAGCCGUGGCGUUUAUAAACUUUUAUGAUUUGUUAAUUUAUUUGCUGUUAUUUGUUGUAAAAAAGAACAUUGAAACAUUUGAAGUUGUAGAACUUAUAACUUUAUAUAUACUUUAUAUAAAUUUGUAUUUUUGAAUACAUAAAAUAUUGA